GUGGACCGUCCGAAAAGGGUGAGGAAAGGUGUUGUCUCGAGUCUUCUGGCACUGUACAAUCCACAGAAUCAGCCAAACUACGCUGCGUCUGAAUAUUCUGGGACUCAGACUCCCAGGAGCGACUACUCGGACGUCGAAACGGCCACGAAUAAAAAACACACCAAGUUCAUUCCGCGGUUUGAUGAGAAAGCCAAGUCCAAUAGGCGCAAGAAAAUCAGACGGAAGUUCAAGAGCGAGCAGAGAGCUCGCAUCACCGUGCACAUUGCCGAUGUGUUGCAACGCCAGCGGUUCAUUCUCACCUUGUGCAAGGCUUUCAUGCUUUACGGAGCACCGACGCACAGACUGGAGGAGUACAUGUCAAUGACAGCUCGUGUUCUAGAGAUUGACGGGUCGUUUAUCUACUUUCCAGGGUGCAUGAUUGCUUCCUUUGGCGACGCUGCUACUCACACCUCAAACAUGAAAUUAGUGCGGUGUGCUCAGGGUCUGGACCUGGGGAAACUGGAUGAGACUCACGAUAUCUACAAAGAUGUUGUCCACGAUCGGAUAGGUGUGGAGGAGGCUAGCGGGAAGCUAGACGAGAUUUUGUCGCGCAAGCCCCGUUUCAACCAAUGGUACUGUGUGCUCUUGUACGGUUUUUCUUCGGCCAUGGUGACGCCAUGGGGAUUCGGCGGGAAUUGGAUCGACAUGCCGAUCUCGUUUGGAAUUGGGCUGGUCAUUGGGUUCCUACAGUUUAUCAUUUCUCCGCGGUCUGUUCUGUACUCCUCGGUGUUUGAGAUCAGCUCUUGCGUGGUGGCCAGCUUUAUUGGCCGGGCCAUUGGCUCGGUCGACAACGGCAACAGGUUCUGCUUUGCUGCAAUUGUGCAGGGCUCCCUCGCGCUGAUUUUACCCGGCUACAUUAUUCUGUGCGGGUCGCUCGAGCUGCAGAGCAGAAACUUGGUUGCCGGAAGCGUGCGUAUGUUUUACGCCUUUAUUUAUUCAUUGAUGCUUUCAUUUGGAAUCACACUGGGUGCUGCAUUGUACGGAUGGAUUGACCACAACGCCACAUCGUCAACAACGUGCACCUCGAACGUGCCGCCCGCCUGGAGGAUCCUGCUGGUGCCUAUGUUCACUAUCGGUCUUGCGCUCAUCAACCAGUCUUCGUGGACUCAGCUGCCGGUGAUGAUUGCCAUUUCGGGCGCAGGGUACGUGGUGACAUACUUCUCGAGUUUACAUUUCAAGCUGAACACAGAAUUCAAUGCUACUCUGGGCUGCUUCGUGAUUGGGCUGAUUAGCAACGCCUACACGAGACUGCUCAAGUCGUUCAAUAAGGUUUUCUCCAAAGGAUCGUUCAUGACCGUCUCGAUCAUGCUGCCGGCCGUCUUCGUCCAGGUUCCGUCUGGUAUCGCGUCGCAAGGCUCGUUGUUGGUCGGAGUGCAGAGCGCAGACAACCUGGUCAACAACAAGACGUCGACGUCGAGCGGCAACUCGCUCUCGAGCCUGAAUUUUGGAAUGGUCAUGAUCCAGGUUGCUCUGGGAAUCAGCGUGGGUCUGUUUAUGGCCACGCUCGUGGUGUAUCCGCUGGGCAAGAAACGGACAGGAUUAUUUACUCUCUAGAAAAAAAAUGUUACCCUCCUUCGAUAGCUUCACC